AGGCAAAGCAAAUUUUCUCCUGUCUUUUACUCAUUCUACACCUGUCUGUUCCUUUUCUGUUUCCAGCGCCAGUUUGUUUUCUUCCUUUUUUUUUAAAAAAAAAUCCUUUUCUUUUUGUUUUUUUCUUUCUUUUUCUUUUAUUCUGGUUUCCCUUUCCCCUUGCCCUUCCAUCAGAUUCAUCACAUGCAAAUAUGCAAUAGCUAUCAUUGGCGUUCCCACUAUUUCACUCUCUUGAUAUCCACACUUUCCUGUUGCUUGUCACGCAUUUUUUUUAUCCGGUUUGCUGUAUUCCCCUGUCCGUACAUAAGAGAUACCACUUUCCCUUUCUUUUUCCUCUUUUUUUUUAAAUUUCUGCGUGUGUCCGUUCCAUGUUUCCUGUUUCCUUUUUUCCCUUUUCUCUUUCAUUGUAUCCGUCUCCUUUAUUAUUUUCCGUUUUUCUUUUCUAUCGCAUUUCCUUGCCCUUUUCCCUUUAUUUUGUAACCAUUUUCUUGUCCUUUUUCUUUAUUUGUAUCCGUCCUUGCCUCUUUUCCUAUUCUAUA